AUGAGCGUCCGGGGUUUGGCCAGGCUCGCCGACGUCCAGCCGAAGCAGAUCCGCGAGUGGCGCAGCAUGAAGGAGCGGCUCGACAAAGCUGCAGGGUGUCGCCAACGUCUCACUGGUGCGGGACGAAAGCCCAAGUACCCCGAUAUGGAGGUUGCGAAGUCCUUCGUGACCUGCGGCAUCUCCACCGCCGUCGACGGGAGCGAGGAUCAUCUGAUCCUCGCUCACCUCCGCGAUAAGGGGGAGGUGGAGGUGCUGGAGGAUGUGUGCGAGGAGGAGCUUGACGAGCUCGUCCCCAACCCUUUCUACCCUGAUCCUGCCGCCCCUGCGAGCAAGAACAGCGCUGAAGCCUCCUCGACAUCUGAGGAGGAGGAGGAGGAGGAGGGGGAAGAGGAGGAGGAGGAGGAGGAGGAGGAGGAGGAGGAGGAGGAGGAGGAGGAGGAGGAGGAGGAGGAGGAGGAGGAGGAGCAGGAGGAGGAGGAGGUGGUGGAGGACGAGGAGGACGAGGAAGAGGGGGACACGGAUGAGGAGGAGGAUGAGGAGGGCGAGGAGCAAGGCGGUGCGGAGGUGGAGGGUGAGCGGGAUGGGAGGAUGAUGGCGAUGAGUGUGGGAGACGUCGCUCCAGCAAGGGCAAGGGGGGCAAGGGCGCGGGUGGAGCUGGAGGGGGCGGUGGCGGUGGCGGCGGUGGCGGCGGAGGGAGUGGGGGUGGCGGCGGGACUAGUGGCGGGGGUGGUGGUGGUGGUGGCAGCAGCGGCGGAGACGGUGGUGGUGGUGCCAGCGGUGGUGGUGGAGGCAGCGGCGGAGGUGGAGGCGGCGGAGGUGGAGGCGGCGGAGGUGGAGGCGGUGGAGGCGGCAGCGGAGGAGGCAGUGGUGGUGGAGGGGGUGGAUCUGGUGGCUGCGUCGGGUCAGGUGUGUCCCAGGUAG